CUCAUCGAGCCAUCUACUUACCUGGCACGACUCGACGCUAAGACGAACCUCUGUACCUUUCAAAACGAUCUUCACGCGAUGAAAAGAUCCUUACAACCUCUCUAAACCCUCGCUGCCAGACUCUCUACAGUCUGAGCCCAUCGCAUCCUGCCGAAAUGGCGACCUCACCUGGAGACGGCGUGUCUGUUCGAUCUGUCAAGCUGAAAGUGCUAUACACUUUUGACGCGGACCAAAAAGACAUCCACCUUGCAAGAUGGCCUCAAUCUCUCGACGUGCAAACCGCGUUCGUGGACGAGACCAACCAGAUCGGCGUUGUCGACCUGCGAACCUGUUUAGAAGCGGUCACUACCGCAAGCCCCGAGCUCACAACAAACCUCGAUACCAAUGAUUACACAAUUUACGCCUAUGAUUACUCGGAACCUGAUACACCAUUAGCGGGGCAAGGGAUGCUGUCUAAAACCCUCGCAAAUCAAGGCCAAAACGCAGGCAGUGACAGCGAAGCCAUGGUGACGGGCAGAAUCACAAAAAGUGUCAUGGGAUUGUUCUCACGGAAUGCGCAGGAAACAUUUGAAGUCAAAUUGCGUCUGACUCCUGUCAAUACCUUCACGCAAGGAAGAUACCGCUCAGGAAGCAUGAGCUCACAGGAUGGUGCGCGUCCACAAUGGGGGGACAAUGGUUCUAUGUCACAGCCAUUCGCUCGAUCAGGAUCUCCAGUUGCUACCGCCGGUCUUGAAGCUAUGCAGCGAAUGCUCAGUGGCGAGACUACACAGAUGCCUGGGCCAAGCAGCAGACCAGGCACACCCAGUAAUUCGAACCAAUACAUCGCUCAAUCUAGGGAAGUGGACGUCCAAUCAAGGCCUAGUUCACGUGCGGGCAUGCAUCACAAUCAUGCAAGACGUGAUUCAAUGAAUUCAGGAUAUUACAGUGGCGACGAGAACAUGGAGGAGGGUCCGGCCAGGAAGAGAGCAAAGACGACCAAAGUCGACUGGCCAACCAAAUCCAACUUCAAUAUCGAACGUCAACCUGAGUCAUUGCGAGUGGCAGCAAGCAUUGCCUCCAGUGUACGACUUCAACGUCCCAUCGCGAUCAACCCAGCCGCCGCCGCAGUGCUAGGGAACCCCACUGAAGAAGUUGUAAGACCACCUACGCCCAUUCCUGCCACAAAAACAGGCAAGCCACGAGGUAGACCGAGGCGACAACCAAAGAAAGGUACCAGCAACCUAGGUUAUGGGGCUCAGGUUCACGAAUCUUCUCCAGCCAUGGGUUUGAUGCCUCAGCCUGAACUUCUCGAUGUCCCUAUCACAUCACCCGAAGAGACACGAGCCCGGAGUGUUUCGAGCACGCCUGCAAAUUUUCCUUCUUCACCACCUGUCAUGCCUGAACAUCAACAUACAGCGAUUACGAGCCCGGCGCUGCCGCCCAUGUUGGACCCUAGUCAUGAUUCUGGCUUCAUGAGCGGCAAUCUCGAUGACCUCUUCGGAGACGACGAGCUUUGCAACAUACAAUUCGACGACUUCCUCCUGGACAAAGCUGAGGAGCAGGAUGUUUUUGCGGCCCAAACAGACCAACCAACGGCUCAAAUCGACCGGUUUCCAACUGUUUUCGAUGAAGGCAACGACGAGGCUCAAACGUCUAUUCCUUCUCAACAACCAAUGGUACCUCCACCAAUACCUAAGUCGUCCCGUCCUAUCGCACGAGCGCAGUCGUAUAACCCUGCUCCUCGAGUUAGCAUGUCCUCCCCACGACUGGCCCCGGCACCCAUUCCACGAGCCCGUCAGAUAAUGGAAGAGCAACGUGAUCAGCAGCGAUUGAAGGCGAUAGCUCCCGCACCCGCUCCGAAAAGCGAUCCGGCUCCACGACUUCUCCAUCGAGCGCAAACCUGGGCGCCUGACAGCGAUGCUCUAAUGUCUGACGCACUCGCAGCGGAAGAGGCUAGAGCGUCUAAGAAGAAGGUUGGCAAGGAGCAGACCAAAGCAAGAUUGGAAGCUGCGAUCGCAAAGGGAGAGAUGCCGCCAUUCUGUGACAAUUGCGGAUCAAUAGAGACACCCGCAUGGCGUCGAGCCUAUGUCAAAGUUUUCCACUGUUCCUGGGAUGAAGUCGAAACAUCUCUAGGUCAGGGAGAAUGCUGUUACAAGGAGAUUCUCAGUCACAACUCUGAUGGCACAGUGAAAACUUUCAGAGGUUAUAAGGUUGAGAAAAAGGCAGGAGAUGAUGACUGGACUUCAAUAACACUAUGCAACCCCUGCGGUUUAUGGUUCCACAAGCAGAGAUGUCCUCGACCUCGCGAGAAAUGGCAGAAGAAGGACCCCAAGGACAAGGGCAAGCGGAAGAAGAACGGCAACCCAGCGAAAGAAGAGAAAAAGGCGAACGGCAAUACGCAAUUCAAGAGCGACAAUCCAACACCUGCUAGUGACGACUCUUCGCCGUCCGAUAGUGCUACUGAAGCACCUGAUGCAGGCGAAAACGACAUUGAAAUGGUAAACAACGAUUCUACGACUGACGACAAUGAGCCACAGUUACCUCCGAUGCCAUACACAUUCAGAGCAAGUAGUGCUGAUCCUGGCCCGAGAGGUUUGCAAGCCCGGAUUCACCAGCGACCUCCCAUGAGGCAGGUUCAAUCAAGUCCAGGAGUUCCCAAAGGCUCAGAAGGUGCUCCGGUCGAGAUUGAUUUGACUCCAAAGCCUGUUCGGCGCCAGCUGUUUCCUUCUCCCGACAAGCCGCAGGUCCGAUCCGACCCAGGUCCACCCACAACUGCUUCCAAACACAUAACACAUCUGCCAGCGUUUGUGCGACGAAGUCCAAGAUUGAACAAGACAAGAGAUGUGUUCUCUACGCAGGUUGGGGCUGUUGCAAUUACCGCAGAUGGAAAGGAGAACCUUGCGCCCGAGUCAGUCGUCAUUGACGAUGGUCUUGCGGAUCUGUUUGAUGAAGGACCUAACGAUGUCGAACUACCUCCCAUGACGCCAACUCCUAAACGACGGUCCGAGCGACUAUUGCUCAAGACACCUUCAAAGACGCCUCAGCGUCAUUUUGGCGUAGAUUUAUCACCCAACGUUGAUCUACAACCUAAUCUCCGUACCCCGAGAACCAGAAAUGGACAACAUCCUGCACUCGCAGCUUUGUUGGGCACCGUCCACAAAGAUGUGGUCGACAUGACCCCAUUCACUCGCUCAAUUCACGAUGCUUUGACCAGUGAUGCGCCUUUCCAGAUGAACAUAAUGGAUGGAGAAAAGAUGGCCAGACAUGGUUCAUCGAAGAAAUCCACACCGCAGAAGGCCAUUACUUUCGACUUUCCGGAUUUGCCAUCACUGAAAGGCUCUUCUCCGUUGUCGCAUGAUCACCUAGUCAACUUCAACUUCUCUGAGUUGACCACAGAUCACCUCAACAGCGAUUUUGCCGACCCAUUUGCCACAAACACCACAAUGCCCAGUUCUCCACCUACGGACUUUUUCAACUUCAUUGAUACCAGCGCCACGAGCAUGAGCGAUAUGUGGGAUGAGAUGAUUGACGUGGAUGGAGGACAUUCAUAUCCUGAGCCAGAGGCAUCUCAAUUGACGACGACUGCACCGACUUUACGAAGGAGCCCAAGGCGGCAGCGAGUCAAGUAAAGGUGUUGGGGCAGCGAAUGGUGCAAGGAUUACCGACGGGCUGAUGCCAUUUGGGCUUGAGAUUUUUAACGUCAGAGUACGAAAUAGCGCUUUCGAGUGAAGCGUUCUGUACAGUAUCUGAAAUCCAUGACACGAGACGAAAGGAUGGUUCACUGCGUUUCGAGCUCUCCAAGGCAUAGC